AUGAUGGAGACAUGUGCCUCGGUUUGCACCAGCAGCGAUGCUGCUGGCAUCGACGCCGGCCGGCCCAAUGUUGCUGGCCUUUUGCAGCAGUACAGCUUGUCAGACAAACAUGGUCACAACCUGUCCUUUGAUGUCGGUGACCUCUCCAAAGCUUUAGCGUCUGUGGUACAGGCAGAGCAGUCGUUGCUGCAGUCGAAGACGGUACUGGCGCAAGUUGUGCAACAACUGCAGAGAUCUUCCAAGCCCCAGCUGCCAAAAACCUCGGAUGAAGCCGAGGUCAGGAUUGCUGCCGUGGGUGUAGAUUCUCAGCAGGUCGUGCCCACUGUUGCAGAGCCUGGCUUCGCGGAAGCACGGCAGGAGUCCGACCAGGCCACAGCCUCCAUCGCCCGGACGCCCACCUUUCCUGCUGAGAUUGCCAUGGUUGCCACUGGCUCGAAGGAGUUCAGUAUACCCACCCAGUCGCUGCAGCUCAAGCGGGCGAAGACGGGGCAGACCUUGCUCAGCAUGGCUGAGGAGGAGAUACCGGCUGUGUCGGGUGGCGUUUGGCCGUUCCUCCAGGCCAUCAGUCGUAAGCUUGUCGGUAGCCUCGCUUUCGAGUUCGUGAUCCUCGCGGUAAUCAUCAUCAACUCCUUCAUCAUCGGCCUGGAAAGCCAGAUGUCCUUGAAUCAGGAGGCCCUGGAUUGGGCGCCGCUGGCAGAGAACUUCUUCCUGGCAGUGUACAGUUUGGAAAUCCUCGCGCGUCUGGCAGCCAGGAGGUCCGGCACUCCUUGUGAUGGAUGGUUUGCCUUUGAUGCCCUGCUGGUUCUAAGCUCUUACCUGGAGCGGGUCAUUGAGCUCAUCUCUGGUGAGUCUGCAGAGCAGCUGAUGCUCCUCCGGCUUUUGCGCUUGUUUCGUUUGGUGCGCACCUUCCGCAUGGUCAAGCAGGUACGGCCCCUUUGGCGGCUGGUGCAUGGGCUCAUGACCUCCCUGGACACUGUGCUUUCCACUUUCCUCCUCUUGGCAUUGGUACUCUAUGUCUUUGGGGUACUCGGCGUGGAGCUUAUCGCCACCAGCGACAGCUUCAAAAGCGACCCAGUGACCAACGCGAUCCUCGAGAGCAACUUCAGUCUCUCGGUUUCAUACUAUAGGGCCUUGUCGGAAUCCCACUUGCGUUUGCGAUUGAAGUGUUAA